AUGGCACUAUUCAACUGGACCUCUUCCCCUCUGGCUAAUGCUCGGUAUAUGGACUCAUUGGAUGGUAGAACAAUUCAUCAUAUAGGGUGGGAUGUGGCACCAGAUGAUCUAAUUCAUGUGCCAGAGCACUGGUUAAAAUAUACCGAACCGGAAUAUUCACUACAUCUUCUUUUAGGAUUAGUAUACGUUUUCUUCUUUUUCGCUGCGAUCGUGGGGAAUGGAAUAGUGCUAUGGAUUUUCUCCACGGCAAAAAGUUUGCGGACGCCUUCAAAUAUGUUCGUGGUCAACCUGGCCUUCUGCGACUUCGUGAUGAUGCUGAAAGCGCCGAUUUUCAUUUACAAUUCGUUUAAUCACGGCUUCGCAACGGGUAUCCUAGGCUGUCGGAUAUUUGCGACUAUGGGCGCUCUCUCUGGGAUAGGGGCUGGUAUGACCAACGCGUGCAUUGCCUAUGACCGCUAUACCACCAUCACCAGGCCGUUCGACGGUAAAUUGACGAAGACCAAGGCGCUCAUUAUGAUAAUAUUUAUCUGGAUAUAUACCAUACCCUGGGCUGUGUUGCCGUUGAUGGAAGUGUGGGGAAGAUUCGUGCCAGAGGGAUUUCUGACUGCAUGUUCCUUCGACUACUUAACCAGGACUUUCGACAUUCGCCUUUUUAUUGGAUCCAUAUUUACCUUCUCCUACGUGAUUCCCAUGAGUAUGAUCAUUUAUUUCUACAGUCAAAUUGUUAACAAAGUAUUCAGUCACGAAAAAGCUCUUAGGGAACAGGCAAAAAAAAUGAAUGUCGAGUCCCUCAGAGCAAACCAAUCUCAGCAGUCUGAGUCAGCAGAGCUGAGGAUAGCGAAAGCUGCGAUAACAAUUUGUUUCCUGUUUGUGGCUUCAUGGACGCCAUACGCCGUCAUGGCGUUAAUCGGAGGCUUCGGGGAUCAAUCUCUAUUAACCCCAGGCGUGUCGAUGAUACCUGCCUUAAACUGUAAGCUGGUAGCUUGUAUAGAUCCCUAUGUAUAUGCCAUCAGUCACCCAAAGUACAGGCUGGAAUUGCAGAAACGCAUGCCCUGGUUAGCUAUUAAGGAAACAGCUAGUGAUACUCAGUCGACUGUAACGGAAACGACAACUGCUCCACCCGCAGCUGCAACUUAAUUAUACAAAUAUUUUAUAACAAAAAAAAAUACAUUUUUACGACGACUUGGCACAGAUAAAUCGGUUUAUGAGUCGAAUAUGAGAAGAAUUUUGGUAAAUUACUUUUAAAAAGUAAGAAAAAUUAGGUACCGCUGACGACAAAGUCACACUGUAUUUCCAUUACAUUUAUACGUAAAUGUAAUUUUUGUCAUAGUUUGGUAUUUAGAAAAUAUAGAGUGUAUCCGUAAAGUAACGCAUAAAUUCAUAAAUUUAAUAAAAAUUCCGACCCUAUCUAAUUUAUGAGUGACUUUACCGACAUAUCUGUUGUAUAAAAAUUAUCCUUACAAAAUACGCAUUUAAAAUACACUGAAAUUA